CGCUGACACCGGCCCCUCGGUGUCCCGCUCCUCCCAGAACAGCAACCACCGGGAGCGUUUCUUCAUGGAGCCCAGCCGGAGGAUUUCCUGAAAACUGACUCGAGAGCUCCGGCGCCUGCUGACACUGUCUGAGACGUACACACACACACUCAGACUCAGACGUGAGAGGACAGGAAGACAACAUGGCCUACAGCUCUUCAGCCGAGAAUCCCCCCAGCGGCCUGACAGACAGGAGCGGCAGCUUCUUUAAGCUGAUUGACACGUUUGCUCUGGAGAUCGGGGAGCUGAAGAAGGAGAUGGUCCAGACCUCUCCGACUACGGACAAGGAGCCCAUGGAGCUGCGGGGGAUGGAGAGUGAGGUGAGCGGCGUUUACCUGCAGUCCCACCACUGCUGCGGGGUGGGGGGUGAAAGGGACUCUGGGUACGACUCCUUGCGAAGGAGGAUGAGCGUGUUGGACAGGCUGAAUCAAACCCACCCAGUGUGGUUGCUGCUGGCGAUCAGUGAAGAGGAGGCCAGUCGCUUUCUGCUCAAGCAGCCACCAGGGGUAUUCCUGGUCAGAAAGUCCGCUGCUCUGCAGAGAAAGGUUCUGUCUGUGCGCCUGAAGCAGGAACAGUCAGACACUCCCAUCAGCCACUUUCCUGUGAAGGAGAGCCAGUACACGUUUUCUCUCGAGGGAUCUGGUAUAAGUUUCGCAGACCUGUUUCGCCUAGUGGCUUUCUACUGUAUUAGCAGGGAUGUCCUGCCUUUCACAAUCAAACUCCCAGAGGCCAUUGCAUCUGCCAAGACUCAGAAAGAGCUGGAGGAGGUGGCUCAGCUCGGAGCAGGCUUCUGGGACUCUGGCCUGUGCAGUCAGCGCCGCACCUCCCCCCGCCCCUGUCGCCCUCUGAGCCGGACCCUCAGCCCCCAGCGAACCAACAGGAACGGGGAGGUCGGGGGGUCGCAGCAGAGACACACCGGGUCUUAUUGUGAGAGCGCGCCGCCAACCUUACGGUCCCACGCUGUGCCACCUUCCUAUAAUCUGGAGAGAAGACAUUCAAGUGGUCCUCUGUGCUUCGUUAACCCGCUGUUCCUCCAGACUCAUCAACACCACCACCGCCGAGGUGCAGAGGAUUCUCCUCCACAUGCCGACAGGUCCAGUAACCACCCAGAGGAUGUGGGGGAAUCCUCUGUGAAGCCGCUGAGCGACAGCAAGUCCAGUGAGCAACACACAGACAAGAUCAAACUGAACGGAAAAUCCAGGCUCCCUCCCCCCCGUCCCCCUCCCCCGCGCUCGAUGCCACGCCGCCGCCCUGCGCCACCUCCACCUGGGCCUCCAGCCGCAACCACCAGACCCAAGACCAUGCCGGAGGCGGUUGCUGUGGCUACGAGACAACCGCAGCCCCCCAGCAAGCGCCCAGCCCCCGCUCGACCACCAAUGGGUGCCAAGCACAGCAGCCUUACCAAAGGUGCCAGCUCACCAGUCGCCGUGCCUUUGAACCCACCACCUCCAAGGCCGAAAAAGCCUGAUAUGGAGGCCCACCGCUGCCACAUCGCAAUGGACGAUGAGACUAUCGCAAAGGCCCUAUCUCGUGCCAAGCUUCCAUCAUGCCAGCCUCCGCCUGCUGUCCCAGCUGAUGUACCACUGGAGAAUAACGCUCAGAGCUCAUCCAGUCCUAAUGAAAGGGGACAUCAGCGCCUCAGUGACAUGAGCAUGUCUACUUCUUCUUCUGACUCACUGGAGUACUCACAGUCCCCUGGGUUCUCCCUAGGACUGGCCCCCAGCCCGUCUCAACACCAUCAAGACCCAGUGGAGGACAGCAGUGAGGAGGAUGAGGACGGCGAAGAAGAUGAAGAGGAGGAUUACGGGGUCGGCCUGGAGACAGAUCUAGAGAUGCGCAUUCGUACAUCCUUUAAAGCUCGGAGGCGAAAGGUUGGUGUGAGCCUUGGCGGAGGGUCCUUUAUCCUCCCUAGGGCGUUGAAGGGACGCUUUCGCAAGGUGAGCGGCAUGCUGAGCUCCCUCAUGACCCCGGAGAGACGGGCGGUGAAGAGGAUUGCUGAGCUGUCCAGGAACAAAAGCUCAUAUUUUGGCUCCCUGGUUCAGGACUACAUCAGCUUCGUUCAGGAGAACCGAGGCUGUCACACAUCAGGGAUGGAUUUUCUGCAGACUCUCAGGCAGUUUAUGACGCAGAUGAAGGCUUACCUGCGCCAGAGCUCUGAGCUGGACCCACCUUUAGAGUCACUCAUACCUGAGGACCAGAUCGACCAGGUGCUUGAGAAGGCCAUGCACAAGUGUGUCCUGAAGCCUCUGAGGACCGUGGUUGAGGUGGCUUUACAUGACUUCCAGGUAAGCAGUGGAGCUCUGCAGCAGCUGAGGGAGAACCUGGCCCUGGCGAAGGCCAAGAGGCCCCAGGAGCUGGGGGUGGAUGGAGCCGUGCCCCCUGACGCUGUGGCUAUUGAGAAGAUCCGCCACAAGUUCUUAAACAUGAGGACGAUGUACUCCCCUGAGAAAAAGGUGUCUCUGCUGCUCCGUGUGUGCAAGCUCAUCUACACCAUCAUGCAGGAUAACUCAGGGAGGAUGUACGGUGCCGACGACUUCCUGCCCAUGCUGACUUAUGUGCUGGCUCAGUGUGACAUGCCCCAGCUGGACACAGAGAUCGAGUACAUGAUGGAGCUGCUGGACCCGUCCCUGCUGCAAGGAGAGGGAGGUUAUUACCUGACCAGCGCCUACGGGGCCAUGGCCCUUAUCAAGAACUUUCAGGAAGAGCAAGCAGCCCGGGUGCUGAGCUCCGAGGCCAGGAACACUCUGCACCAGUGGCACUGCCGACGCACCGCCCAGCGUUCGAUGCCAUCUGUGGAUGACUUUCAGAACUAUCUCCGUGUAGCUCUGCAGGAAGUGGACACAGGCUGCACGGCCAAAACCUUGGUCGUCCACUCUUAUACCACCACUGAGGAGGUCAGCUCGCUCUGCGCCUACAAAUUCAAGAUCCCCGACACAGAGAACUACGCACUGUUUCUGGUUACUGAGGAUACCAGCCAGCAGCUGGCUCCAGACACUCACCCUCAGCGCAUCAAGUCUGAGCUCCUCAGCCGACCCCAUGCACAGACCUUUCACUUUGUCUACAGGCGGUUGCCUAACCUUAACCUCUGUAUGCCUACUAUAAUGCAAAAUGGAAACUUCCUUCAAGUUGAGUAGUAGAGGAGACUGUAACAGCUUGCUGCACUUAAAAACAGUAAUAGGUGGCAUUCCUCUGGUGCUGGUUGAUGUUUGUUUCGUUGAAAGAUUUAAAGGAUGUUUUAAAUAGAAAACCAAUUAUCUGCAUAUUGAUGUAGAAGUGAUAGGAUGGAUUAUGUAAAGUGCUGGUGUUUUAACUAACACCUCAGAAAUGUGGCUCAAAUAUGGGUUGAAAAUGGAAAAAAUGAUGGUCACACUGAUGCACCUCCGAGUCUCCUUGGUGUGUAUCUGAUUUAGUUCGACCAUACGUUGAGCUGAACUUGUUGGAUUGCGCAUAUAAGGGGUAAAGGUUUUUGGGAUGUCAAAAGUUACAUGGACAUGAGAGGUUCUUCAGGUUCUUGGACGUGUAUAACACCAUCAAAGCAGAGGUCCUACAGUACAAUAUUGCAUUUCAUGUAACUAGCGUUUGCAUUAACUGCUGUUAUUCCAGGUGCUUUCAAAAAGAACAUGAUGAACAUGCUGUUUGCUACUGAAAGUUUACAGCUGUCAUCCAAUGAUGAGUCACCUUUCAUCAAUUUACAACUUCACGCUCAAAAAUUAAUUUAAAGAAGCAAAGUGAACUAUUGUAAAAGUUCUAAUUAUUGUUAUUUUUGCUUGUAUGUUUUUGUCUGCAGUUGCUGGUCAAUUGCAGCCUGUAUUUCUAUGUAGAAAUAUUUUUAUAUUCAAAUGUUUCAUCACUUAAGUGACAAAGAUCUGUAUUCUGAUUUGAUCUUUUUGGACUCGACUUGGAUUUUAUACCAGUUAUUUGUCAAAGGUCAACUUACGACAACACUGUUUUUACUGUUUGUUAUGAAAAGCUCUGAGCUGACUCUGGAAAUUUAUAAAAUUCUCUCCAAACAAAGCUUUGUGUUGACUCCAACAUCAUCAUUAUUGUAUUGGUGUUGCUGUAUCAUUUUGAGAGGAAGCGGCAGUUCUACAGUAUAUUAAUCAGGUGUUAUUGUGGCAUAAUACCUGAAAAAUAUCCUGACAGCACAGGAACAGUUGAAGAUCUCAGGGGGACUCUAAAAUGCACCAUUGAUCACAUGUUCACUAUUAAACUGUCAGCAUACACAAAUGAAUGAGACUCAUGCAAAAAAGAUGACAUGUAAUAGUUUUCAGAAUUAUUAUUAUUAUUGCAUUAAAGUGUUAUGUUACUUAAA